AAAAUUAAUGGCGAGCAUUCCACUGGCAUCCUUAGCCUCAACGGGCCAAAAAAUUCCUCUUAUAGGCCUUGGCACAGCUGAGUUUCCAUUUGGAGAGGAUGAAGCAACUGUGAAACAAUCAGUUCUCCAUGCCAUUGAAGUUGGCUAUAGACACUUUGACACAGCUGCUCUUUACCAGUCCGAGAAGCCUCUUGGCGAUGCCAUUGCUGAAGCUUUGCAAAGGGGUUUAAUCAAAUCACGCGAUGAGCUUUUCGUCACCUCUAAGCUCUUCAGCAGCAACUGUCACUCUCACCUCGUCCUUCCUGCUCUACAACAGACUCUCAAGAAUCUUGGAUUGGAGUACCUUGAUUUGUAUCUAAUUCACGUUCCAGUGAGUUUGAAGCCAGGAGCCCAAUUGCCAUUUGCACCUGGUGACAUUCUUGUAAUGGAUUUUGAGGGUGUCUGGAAAGCCAUGGAAGAGUGCCAAAAUCUUGGCCUUACAAAAUCAAUAGGAGUUAGCAACUUUACAUGCAAGAAGAUUGAGAAAUUGCUUGCUACUGCAAGAAUUCCUCCGGCAGUCAAUCAAGUGGAGAUGAACGUAUUUUGGCAGCAGAAGCAGCUGAGGAAAUUAUGCGAGGAAAAGGGUAUCCAUAUAACAGCAUACUCUGCAUUGGGAAGUAAAGGGACUCCAUGGGAACUUAACAGUAGACCCAUAGAUUGUGAUGCGCUGAAAGAGAUUGCUAGUGGCAGGGAAAAGACUGUGGCUCAGGUGUGUCUGAGAUGGGUUUACGAGCAAGGAGUUAGUAUUGUUGUGAAAAGCUUUAACAAGGAAAGAAUGAAAGAGAACAUGCAGAUAUUUGAGUGGGAGCUAAGCCAGGAAGAUUUGCAAAAGAUAGAUCAACUUCCACAACGAAGAGGGAAUCUAGCUCAUUUUUACGUCACAGACGAUGGCCCCUACAAGUCCCUCUUUGAGUUUUGGGAUGGAGAACUUUAAUUUCUAGUUUUCUUAAUUAAUUUCCUAAUAACCAAAUUAUAUAAUAAAUCCAAAUAUUAGUGUAUCGUUCACGAUACACGGAACUUUAGUGUCAAAUUAUAGUAGGUUUCAUAUGCAUUCCAUAUGUUUAAGGUUUUAGAAUUUUCAUAGAAUUUUCUUAUUUUUUGAUACAAUAAAGUAUUGCUCAAAGUUAUAGAUUA